CACGUCUCUGAUUCCAGCUGUGAACAUCAGACCAAACACAACUCACUAAACGUUUCCAUACUGAACAACCACAGCUUUCCCCUCUGUGAACAUGGAGAAACUGGCUGCAAUUCUGCUCUGUUCAGCUCUCAUAGGUAACAGCUUGGAAGAUGCUAUUACUGCCAUCAGUGCUGAAGUGUGUUCCUCAGAGGGCCGUAGUGUUACUCUGUCCUGUACAUAUUCAGUUCAAGCUGAUAAUCUCCAGUGGUACAGACAGGAUCCUGGAUCAGCUCCUCAGUUCCUCCUCCUGAUCACUGACACAACAAUCUAUCUAUCUAUCUACUUUUUACUUCACUAUGUAGCCUCCGUUGAGUCUCUUAAUGUUAAAUUCUCCUGCAGACUAACUGACAUGAGUAAUUCUCAUUUUGCAGCCCUGGGCUCCAUGAACAGCAUAAAGCCAGAAAGAAGUGAAGAACAUGUUGCAGAGGGCAGAAACAUCAGCCUGACAUGUAAAUAUGAGGGGGCUAUCUACAAUAUCCAGUGGUACCGACAAUACCAGAGAUCCAGACCAGAGUUCCUGCUCCACAUCACAGAGGCAGGAGGGAUCCAUCCCACUGAGUCUGAUUUCUCUGCUCACAUUGACAAAACAGAGAAACGAGUUGAUCUGGAGAUCAUCUCAGCUAAAGAGACAGACUCUGCUGUGUACUACUGUGCUGUGAGGCCCACAAGACAGAGUGGAAUGCAGCGUGUGGAAACUGCCUCGCAGCUUUUUUGCUUCACGGGCAGCAGCGGCGAGGGCGUGGCACGGGUCAGCUGUGAAGAUCUCACUGCAUUACAGAGAGAAGAGUUCAGUCCAGAAGAGAGCUCUGUUUCUCUCUCCUACAGAUACUCCAAACAAGCAACUGUUGUUGAUAGUUUCUUCUGGUAUCGACAAUAUCCAGGAAAACCACCAGAGUUCAUCAUCUCUCAUUUAGGAACUGGAAACAUUAUGAAUAAUCUGAUCCCUGGACUGAAGAUUAAAGUGCAGUCAAACCAAAUCAAUAUGAGCCUCUCCUCUGCUGCAGUGACAGACUCUGCUGUGUUCUACUGUGCUGUGAGGCCCACAGUGACAGGAAACACCAACACUCUGUACAAAAACACCAGCUGA